CGGCCGGGGAGGCAGCGGGCAGCACGAGAAAUAAGGACUUGCAGAAAAGUACGGAAGAGCAAAAGGGCAAAGAAGCGGAAGCAGAAGAAGGAGAAGAAGAAGACAUCUAUCUUUUGCAUCGCCUUUUGAUCCCGAGGACUUCUGUUAUACGAAUCCUGUUUCUCAUCCUGGGAUGGGUGACAACCUCAUGGAUAAGGUCAGCGCCUUUGGCGAGCGUCUGAAGAUUAGCGGGUCUGAGGUAAGCCGCAAGAUGACGGCUGGCAUGAGCUCUAUGAGUUCUAAGAUGAAGGACUUCUUCCAAGUUCAAAACCAAGUUGAGAAAAUAGUCGAGGAUGCCACCUCAGAAAACUUGGAUGGUCCUAACUGGUCUGCCAACCUUGAGAUCUGUGACAUGAUUAACAGUGAAAAGUUCCACAGCGUCGAAUUCAUCCGUGGCAUCAAAAAGCGAAUUAUGUUGAAGAAUCCCACUGUCCAAUAUCUUGCUUUAGUUCUCCUUGAGACCUGUGUGAAAAACUGUGAGAAGGCUUUUUCUGAGGUUGCUGCUGAGAGAGUCCUAGAUGAGAUGGUCAAGUUGAUUGAUGAUCCACAGACUGUAGUGAAUAAUAGGAACAAGGCUCUUGUCAUGAUUGAAGCAUGGGGGGAAUCUGGAGAGGAACUCAGAUACUUGCCAGUCUUUGAAGAAACCUACAAGAGCCUGAAAUCUCGAGGUGUUCGCUUUCCUGGAAGAGAUGUCGAAAGCUUAGCUCCGAUAUUUACUCCUCCACGUUCAGUUUCAGAGACAGAAUCAUAUAACAGUGCUAUUCAACAGCAAACAUAUAAUGAUUUUCAUGUGCAUAGUUUCACUGCUGAAGAAACAAAGGAAGCAUUUGAUGUGGCUCGCAACAGCAUUGAACUUCUGUCCACCAUUUUAUCAUCUUCGCCACAUCAAGAAGCUUUACAGGAUGAUUUGACGACUACCCUCUUUCAGCAAUGCCAACGAAGUCAACGCACUGUCCAAAGAAUUAUAGAGACAGCAGGUGAUAAUGAGGCAGUGCUUUUCGAGGCCUUGAAUGUAAAUGAUGAACUUCAGAAGAUCCUCUCCAAGUAUGAAGAGCUGCGGAAGCCUCCUGUUGUGAAUUCUGAACCAGAGCCUGCAGUGAUACCAGUUGCUGUGGAACCUGAGGAGUCUCCUCGAGCUACCAGAGAAGAUGCCCUCAUCAGAAAACCACCAAGUUCUGAAACAAGGUCAGGUGGAGAUGAUGGCAUCCUUGAUGAUCUUGAUGAGAUGAUCUUCGGUAAAAUAGGAGGGAGCACUUCUGAGGAUCAAAAUCCUGAAAAACAGCAUAAGCAACAGAAGAGCAAUCUAAUUACCUUCUAGCUGGUAUCAUCGGAAAUUCCAUGCUUCACGAAGAAUCUGUGAUCUUAUGCCUGAAUGGAUUUAUUUUACCACUAUUGGGCUUGAAAAAGAACGUCUGCACACUUUGUUUGUAUAGAGUAUGCAAAUUACUGUAGUGGAUUUACCAAACAGGCCCUAUACGAUGACAUUUAAAUAGUAGUGAAAUAAAUAAUUGUUGACAAUGUGAGAGACAAGCACUCA